UUUGACUACGUGAGAGAGUAGGGCCGGUCGGUGCAAAGCGGCCAAGCCCCACUGCCGCGGAGGAAAAGGGCAGUGUGAACAAGAAGGUGCAGCGUGGGCAGAGGAAAAGCAUGCGGCAACAGCCAACCCCACCGCACUGCUAGAUUGACGAAGCCAAGCAGAGGAGAGCGAAAGGCGUGCAUCAUCCAAGGAGGAAGAAAGGCUCACACCAUCCACCGCCGACGCGAGCAACGUUCCCUCCACUGCUACGCGACGCUGCUGCACCAGCACCACCGAAGCCGAAGGAGAGAGAUCGAUUAAUUAGUUUGGUUAGUUCCAUGCACAACACGGCAGCUUCGUUGUAGUUGCGCCCUCCCCUUCCUCCGACCUCCGUCUCCGUCUCCGCCUACCGGGCAGACAGCCUACCCGACACACAGUAAUAGAGCGCGGCAGAGUAAGUAAUACAUCAUUGCGGCCUUCCCUCCCACACGCGUGCACACCAGCGCAUAUUAACUCCACGCGCACGAUCACCGCGAGCACCAUUCACUCCUCCUCGACGCCACCGAACCAGCAGCCACGCCGCUAAGCGCACAGAGAGAGAGAGAGAGAGAGAGAGAGAGAGAGAGAGAGAGAGGAGAAGGGGCACGGCACGGCACGGCAGUAGAAUUCCGGCAAUGGAGCAGUACGAGGUGGUGGAGCAGAUCGGCAGGGGCGCCCAUGGCUCCGCCUACCUCGUCCUCCACAAGGCCGAGCGCAAGAGGUACGUGAUGAAGAAGAUCAGGCUGUCCAAGCAGAACGACAAGUUCCAGCGAACCGCCUACCAGGAGAUGUCUCUGAUGGCAAACCUCGGCAACCCGUACAUCGUCGAGUACAAGGACGGAUGGGUUGAUGAGGGGACCUCCGUGUGCAUUGUCACAAGCUACUGCGAAGGAGGUGACAUGGCCCAGAGGAUCAAGAAGGCGAGGGGCGUCCUAUUCUCUGAAGAGAGGGUCUGCCGGUGGUUCACGCAACUGCUCCUGGCCCUUGACUAUCUGCACUGCAAUCGCGUGCUCCACCGUGAUCUCAAGUGUUCCAACAUUUUGCUGACGAAGGAUAACAACAUCAGAGUUGGUGAUUUUGGGUUAGCAAAAUUGCUCAUGGAGGACCUUGCCUCAUCGGUCGUAGGAACCCCAAACUACAUGUGCCCAGAAAUACUAGCAGACAUACCUUAUGGAUACAAAUCUGAUAUAUGGUCACUUGGUUGCUGUAUGUUUGAGAUUUUAGCACACCGCUCUGCGUUCAAAGCUACAGAUAUGGCAGCAUUAGUUAACAAAAUAAACAGAUCUUCGAUAUCUCCGAUGCCCCCAAUAUACUCAUCAGCACUGAAGCAGAUAGUAAAGAGCAUGUUAAGGAAAAAUCCAGAACAUAGGCCCACUGCUGGGGAGCUGUUGCGGCACCCAUAUCUGCAACCAUAUCUUGCUGAAUCAUGCAGCUGUUCACCAAUCUAUCUUCCAGUAAAGCCCACCAAAAGUAACCUGGGAGACAAGCAGUCAAGGAAGCCAAGCAGUGGCAGAAAGCGAACCACCAAAGCCAAUGGAUCCAAUGAAGCAUUAGAAACUGCAGCAGAGCACACUGUGGAAAUAAGAGACAGCUCCACAAACUUUUCAGAUGUCUCAACUAUUGGUACCCAGGAAGCCUUCAUUCUGCAAGUUCCAGGGGAUCUUGAUUCCAGAAACAAAGAACAGCGGAACAGUGAUGUUUUACCAUUUCAACAUACAGAGGAGAACUUGAUGACGACAACUGAUCGACAGAUUGAUGAGACCAUAUGUCUUAAAGCUAUAAGAACCAGUACUGUAGCAACUGAGGCCCCAGUCACUAUUGCACAUCAAAAGCUUAAUGAGGCACCGAUGCCAAAUGAGGAAUUGACGAUUGGAGUAGUGCAAGAACAAAGGAAGGAUGUGAAAACACGCUCCUAUCAAGGAGCUAAGCCAGGCUUAUGUGACACAGAUAUGACAGAGGAAUCGUCACCGAUUAGCACGCUAAAAUUGGUACACACAGAUAGCGCACCUGCUGAGUGGGAUCAUCUGAACAUAGUUCAGCAGAGAGCUGAUGCUCUAGAGUCACUUCUCGAGCUCUGUGCCAAGCUCCUGGAGCAGGAGAGGCUAGAGGAGCUUGCAGGUGUUCUUCGACCAUUUGGCGAAGGAGCUGUGUCAUCUAGGGAGACAGCAAUAUGGCUGACCAAAAGCCUCAUGACUCCACCGAAGUUUGGAGGGUCACCAACAAAGCUUCUGUAACAUACAAAUUUGAGGACUUUGUCUGCGAGUUGAGUGCUAUUUCGAGAGUGUAUAUAGCUUCACCAAAAUUGAGAAUUCAUAUUUCUGCUUACUGAGGUUCGAGUUUUGUCUAUCUUGAUGUAUAUGGUUUGCAUGACUGUGGGCAUUGUGUGCGCUAACUAUUUAUUGGCUAUUUAUUGUACAAUUGCAUCUCCUGCC